GGCCGAGCCCCGUCAUCGAGGGAAGGAGGAGUUAAAUUCCCCUGCCUUUUAAUCCAGUCCUGCUGGUUUCCCUGCACAGCCAGGCAGCAGGCUCCUUCCCAUGCGGGCACACCAUGCCCCAGCCUCACGUCAUGCAGAUGUCCACCAGCCACGCCACCUACGGCGUCUGCGUGGUGGGCACCGAGGUCUUCCUCGACACGCGCCGAUCUACCCCCAAAGCCGCCACGUCAUUCGACGUCCACGCCACCUCUGCGGUCACGGUCCACAUCAUCCACAGCCCCACGACAAAGCCCAUGAUUGACUCCAGGUGGCCCCUGGACCCCGACAUCGAGGUCGUAGUGACCAUUGAUGUCACCAGCAGGACCGUCAAUGACAAUAAGGUUAAGAUCUCCUACUACGGCCGGGAGGGCAACGAGCUGGCGGUGGCCUGGCUGUACCUCACGUGUGUCGAUGUGUCCCUGGACGUGGACUGGAGCCGGAGCGGCCGAGUGAAGAGCAAAGGGAAGGACAAGGCCAAGUGGACGUGGGGCCCGGAUGGACAAGGUGCUGUGCUGCUGGUCAACUGUGACCGGGACAGCCCCGGCAUGGGGGGGCCGGACAGCGGCCAGGUGGACAUACGGACCCCUGCAGACCUGCAGGACAUGUCCAUGAUGCUGCUGAGGACCCAAGGGCCCAGCGCCACCUUUGAUGAGUACCAGGUGGUCCUGCACGUCUCCGAGACAGACGCGGAUAAAGUGCGGGUUUUCCACGCCAUCCGCAGUGACUCACACACCCACUACAAACCCGUGUUGGGGCCCGACAAGCUCUCCUAUGUGCUGGACCACAUCGGCAACGGGGAGAACACCUUCUACGUGGAAGGGUUGGCCUUCCCCGACAGGGGCUUCUCUGGGCUGGUCUCCUUCAGCGCCAGCUUGCUGGAGGUCCCCCACAAGAACUCCCCGGGCACGCCGAUUUUCACGGACACGGUGGUUUUCCGCGUGGCUCCCUGGAUAAUGACGCCCAACACCCAGCAGCCUCUGGAGGUUUUUGUCUGCAGCAUCAAGCAGGGCUCAGACUCCAACGAGGCCUUUCUGGAAGGGCUCAGGGUCCUGCUGAAGAAAGCCAACUGCAAGCUGACCAUCUGCUCGGAGCAGGACACCCGGAGCGACCGCUGGAUCCAGGAUGAGCUGGAGUUUGGCUAUGUGGAAGCACCACACAAGACCUUCCCCGUGGUCUUUGACUCUCCCAGGAACAGGGGAUUGAAGGAUUUUGCCUUUAAAAAGAUCCUGGGCCCCGAUUUUGGCUACGUGACCCGUGAACCCCCUGGGAAAAACGUCACCAGCCUGGACUCCUUCGGCAACCUGGACGUCAGUCCUCCGGUGACGGUGCGGGGGAAGGAGUAUCCCUUGGGAAGGAUCCUGAUCGGCAGCCCCCUGCCCUGGGCCUCGGGCCGGCGGAUGUCCAAGGCUGUCCGGGAUUUCCUGUUCGCGCAGAAGGUGCAGGCGCCGGUGGAGGUUUACUCGGAGUGGCUGAGCGUGGGCCACGUGGAUGAAUUCCUCACCUUCGUGCCGGCCUUUGACAGGAAGGGAUUCCGACUCCUGCUGGCCAGUCCCAAUGCCUGCUACAAGCUCUUCAAGGAGAAGCAGAGGCAGGGCCACGGGGAAGCCACACAGUUCAUUGGGCUGAAGGACAGCGAGAGGAGGAGCAUCGACGAGAUCCUGGCGGAUGAGUCGCUCAAGAGCGACAACAGGCACGUGCAGCACUGCAUCGACUGGAACCGCAACCUGCUGAAGCAGGAGCUGGGCCUGAGCGAGCAGGACAUCAUCGACAUCCCGCAGCUCUUCAUCCUCAGGGGCUCCCGCGCCGAGGCCCUUUUCCCGGACAUGGUGAACAUGCUGGUGCUGGGCAGGCACCUGGGCAUCCCCAAGCCCUUUGGGCCCAUGGUGGGCGGGCAGUGCUGCCUGGAGCAGCGGGUGCGGGAGCUGCUCGAGCCCCUGGGCCUCACCUGCACCUUCAUCGACGACUAUUUCUCCUACCACGUCCUGUCCGGGGACGUUCACUGCGGCACCAACGUCCGCAGGAAGCCCUUCUCCUUCAAGUGGUGGCACGUGGUGCCUUGA